CUUGCAGCAAAACCUCCUGAAGCCCAGUUAUUCCCCGAUCAUCACCCAUGUUGGUGCGCACCUUCAAGUUACUCUGCAACUUUUAGCUUCGGGCGCAAUAUCUAUCACACAAAAUAUCUGUAUCAGAGUCUUCUUGGAUAAUAGCAGUUAGACCAUUCAUCAUCAUGGCUGGCCCCCCACGGCCUGCCUCAGGGCUGCCCACGAGACGAACAGCGACGCGCCCGACCACAAGAAGACUCAACUCUUCAAUGAGCACCACAGACAGAGCGGCGUCCCCAGCGAUCGCAUCGAAGGUACCCUCAGCUAGUGCAUCGCGUGCCACGAAGUCACCGGGCGAACCCGCUAGCAUCACUGCGAAACGUAAAGAACGAGACUUCGAGCGCGAGAUCAACGAAGAUACGAGCAUCCAUGUCGUCGUCCGAUGCCGCGGUCGGAAUGAUCGAGAACUCAAGGAAAAUAGCGGAGUGGUAGUAUCCACCGAAGGCGCCAAAGGGCAGACUGUGCAAUUGUCGAUGGGUCCGAAUGCGCUGGCCAACAAGACAUACAGCUUCGACAAGGUCUUUUCAGCAGCUGCCGACCAAAUCACCGUCUAUGAAGAUGUCGUCAUUCCAAUGGUCAACGAGAUGCUCGCUGGCUACAACUGCACCAUAUUCGCAUACGGACAGACCGGAACCGGCAAAACAUAUACCAUGUCGGGCGACAUGACGGACACCCUAGGCAUACUCUCCGACAAUGCCGGCAUCAUUCCACGUGUGCUAUACUCACUUUUCCAUAAGCUGCAAGACACCGAGAGCACCGUCAAAUGCUCUUUUAUCGAACUCUACAACGAAGAGCUCCGCGACCUACUUUCAGUUGAAGAGAACCCUAGACUAAAGAUCUUUGAGAACGAAUCAAGGAAAGGCCACAGUGGAAGUACUCUUGUACAAGGAAUGGAGGAGACCUUCAUUCACUCUGCGUCUGCUGGUAUUAAGCUCCUCCAGGAAGGCAGCCACAAGCGCCAGGUUGCCGCCACCAAAUGCAACGACCUUAGUUCCCGAAGCCAUACGGUGUUCACCGUCACCGUCAUGACACAACGGACGACGGAAUCCGGUGAGGAGUAUGUAAGCUCCGGGAAAUUGAACUUGGUCGAUUUGGCCGGUAGCGAAAACAUCCAGCGCAGUGGGGCUGAAAACAAACGUGCCGCAGAAGCGGGUCUAAUCAACAAGAGUCUGCUUACCUUGGGUCGGGUCAUCAACGCCUUGGUCGAUAAGAGCCCACACAUACCCUACAGAGAAUCGAAGCUCACUCGUCUUCUGCAAGAUUCCCUUGGCGGACGGACAAAAACAUGUAUUAUUGCAACAAUCUCGCCUUCGCGCACCAAUUUGGAAGAGACGAUCUCUACAUUGGACUAUGCAUUCCGGGCCAAGAACAUCCGGAACAAACCACAGAUCAACUCAACCAUGCCGAAGAAGACCCUUCUGCGAGAAUUUACGUCUGAGAUCGAGAAGCUGAAGGGCGAGCUUAUUGCAACGAGGCAUCGGAACGGCGUGUAUAUGAGCGUCGAUGCAUACGAAGAGAUGACCAUGGAGAGUGAGUCCCGGAGAAUUGUCAACGAAGAACAGCGUGCGAAGAUCGAGUCUAUGGAAUCGAGCUUGCGACACAAGGUCCAGGAACUUUUCUCCCUCACAAGCAAUUUCAACGAUCUCAAAAAGAACAAUGAAGAAACACGGAAUGCUCUGAAGAAAACCAACGACGUUCUCGAGCAAACCGAGAUCGUUCUUAAGGAUACUAAAUCGCAACUCGAAGAAGAAGAGAUUCUCCGUAAGGCGCAUGAGGACACAGAGGCGCAUCUUCGUGACGUUGGGGCCGGUCUCCUUUCCACCCUGGAUACCACGGUUGAGGAUAUCAAUGGACUUCACGCAAAGAUCGAGAGAAAGACCGAUCUGGAUACCACCAACAGAGAAGCUUGGCAGUUGACUGCGGCCGAGGUCUCGGACGUGACCCUGGUGGUCGACUCCAGACUCGAGAACUUCCAGAUGCAGCACUCUGGAUUGGUCGAGGCCAUGUCGAACAAGAUCAGAGAGUUUGUUACGACUGAGAUUGGGAACAUCGAGGUGAACAAAUCGCAGCUGUUGGGGGCCAACGAUCUGUUUGACAAAGCAGAACGCGAGGCCCAUUCGCAGACAUGUGCUGCUCACGAUGAGAUGAACGAGGUGCUCGAAGAGAUCAAGGACUUGCGGGAGGAAGUCAAGGGUAAAGUUGGCGAAGGCCUAAAUGGUCUAUCUGCCGCUGCCGCUCGCAUCUCCAAGGAAGUGAUUGGUGAAUUUGCGGACUUCAAUGCCCAGCUUCAUUCAUCUUACAGCACCCUUGGAAAGGACCUCAAAUCUGUGUUCGAGAAGAUGGUGGCUCAAAUGAAUGGACAACGAAUGGAGAUCAACAAACUUAGACUGGAACUCCAGGAAGCCAACCUGAAAGCCGUGGAAGCAAAUCGUAGAGUCUCAUCGCACUUGGCACAGACUCUAGAAGAAGAGAACGCAAACGCAGAAGCCGAGCGUGAUGUUUUGCUUUCGCAAGUAAAAUCGCUCAUUGAAGAGUCCCGCCAGAGGCAAUGUGGUCGGCUCAAGGGCAGGAUUGACACGAUGCGUACUGAGCUCUCUGCUUCUGGUGACUCACUCGAGCAUGCCACCGCCCAUUAUGAUCGCCAGAUCGACGAGUGGGUCUUCAAGUCGGAGCAAUUUGCAAAGGACGUGACAGCUUCGAAGGAUGAGGUGAAGACGAAGAUGCAGAGUGACUGGGAGAGUUUCGAACAACGCAAUGCAUCCAUCCAUAAGACGACUGAGUCGGUGCAUGAAGAAACUGUCCGAAUUGUUGACGCUCAAAUGAAGAACAUGAGUAAGCAAAUGGAAGCACUGGAUGAUUUUGUGGCAAAGGCGCGAUCUCAGAACGGUCUUUACCGGGAUGCCCAUCUCAAAAGCCUCCACAAUAUGUCUUCUAGUGUUCACCAGUCCUUUGACUCAGUACACACGCAGCUGUCAAACUUGGGCGGUCGUCUCCAGGAGCUGCAGGAAGGAGCCAUUCAGCAGCAAACCAACCUCCAGGAGUCUGUCAUGCCAUUGUCAGACGAUGUGAGAAAGCCGCUCUCGGUGCUUCGCGAACACAUUCGAUGCCGAGCAUUCGCAGAGUAUACCGCGACUGGGGUCACCCCCAAGAAGCGUCACUACGAAUACCCUGCUGAAUUACCCCGGACUGAGGCGCACGAAAAUAUCAAGUCUAGAUUGAGGACCUCCAGGGAGUUCACGGCUUUACCUUUCAGCGGCGAGGACCGGAUUUCCGUGCUUGACGAAUCUCCUGCCAACACACCUGCUAAAGGAUUCGUUUUCCACGAUAACGAGGAUGAGGUAGGAUCUCUGCCACCUAAGACCUCUGGCACUCCUUCCAACAACGGCCUUAGGGAAGUCGAUGCAAACGUCGCCGCCAAACCAGUCGCACCUAGUGUGGCAGACAACAAGGCGACACGCAAGUCUUCUAUUGUGACAGCUGAUACGAACGCUAAAGAUGCGGAUCAGCCGCCUCCUAAGAGACGCUGUUCAAGCACCACUGCAACCGACACCAAACCGCCUCCGAAGUUGCUAAACCGGAAGAUGGUCAAAAUCAUGGAGGGUCCGGAGAACGUACCACCCGUGGAAACCCCGAGUGGUAGACGGCUUAGAAACCGGCCUUCUCCCUGAUACCCCUGAUCUUAUCAUGUUAUUUCUCUCCUCGAGCGUACGGCAGCACACUGUUCGCUUGUACCUGGCGGCAGGCGUUUUGUGAUACCCCCUGGUCUUGGCUAAGAAAACAAUCUGGAGACGGUAUUCGCUUGAUUUUUGUUUUGCAUUCGUGGUUCACGAUUGGAGCCUUGUUGAUUGCCGGCUUUAUUUCGGUGCCUGGCGUUUUGUGACUUGUAUAGGAUUUUAGCGGGAUGAGCAGAUACCCCAGCUUUGACAAGAUAGAUUCUACAGUC